AUGGACCGUAAGGCAUGUGAAAUAACGAAAUUCCUUUUGGACUGGAACACACUAUUGACAAAUGUUCCGGUUGACGGCUCGAUAACGGAGAUUUAUUUCUGCUUUAUCUUUUCAAAUUAUAGCAAGGGAAAAGACAGGGUUUCGUGGCAACAAUUUAUAAAGUAUCUAAGGCUAUUGAACAAGAUCGGAAAUGGUCAUGUUUUGGAAUGCCGUCCAGAAAAUGCCCUUGAUUUAAUGUACGAAGAUCCAUUCAAAUGUUUCAACAAAAUCACAUACAUAAAUAGACUGGCACUCAUAAUCAUUGCUAAAGAAGAACGUGCAUUAUCUAAAAAGGAGCCCCGCUUGUUAGACGAAAAGGAUAUGGAAGUUAAGAAACCAAAGGAGAAGGGUGCAAUUCCUAACGAGAAAGGUGAACAGUUAAAGAUGCUCAUGGAUUUAGUUGAGGGUCCUGAUUAUACUCCAAAAAGACGGUGGAACGUUAUUGAAACUCUUCCAGAGAAAAUAUUGCACACGUCAAAACUAACUUUAUCCGAAUCUGACAGUAUAUAUAGCAUUACAUCAAGAUCUGGACGCUUGCAGCAGAUGGAAAUUUUACUAAAGAGUGAAUGCGCAUCUCAUCAGCUAAUGAGGGAGAGAUCACGUCUGCUAACCAGAGUCCAACCAUUUUAUGAUUGCUGUGAGAUUGCAGAUCAUGCAACACAACUUUCGCCGCUUAUCGAUUUUAAUCGUGCAACAAAUUACUGCAAGCUUAAGUCUAACGCAAACAUUUCUUCCGGGAGCCCAAUUGGGAAGUGUAUCAACGAGAAAAUGCACUUUAUUCCAAUUAUACAGCCACAAACAGACAUUCGAUUGGGCGACUGCUCUUAUUUGGAUACUUGCCAUAAGAUGAACACUUGCCGGUAUGUGCACUAUGGCCUCCUCAUGCCAGAGGCACCACCUGAUUCCGAAACAAGGCGUAAAGUUGCUGACCACGCAUCAAGUAAAGCAUUGAGAACAGGCCUUUAUACGAGGGGACAGGCCAUUAAUGCAUCAGCAAUGGAAAAUACACCGCCGCAAUGGAUUCGAUGUGAUGUGACAAAGCUGGAUUUAAAUGUCUUAGGAAGCAACUGGGGAAUUGUGCUUGCAGAUCCAAGUUGGACGAUCCACAUGAACCUUAACUACAGCAGUAUGAAAGACGAUGACUUGUUAUCACUAAGAAUGGAUAAACUACAAGUUGAAGGCUUGUAUCUCUUGUGGGUGACAGGAAGAACAAUCGAAAUGGGUAAAGACUUCCUAAAAAAGUGGGGCUAUAGAGUUGUGAAUCAAAUAACAUGGGUGAAAACUAGUCAGCUAGUGCGUACAAUAAGCACAGGGAGAACAGGUCAUUGGCUAAAUCACUCAAAGGAACAUCUUUUGGUUGGCCUGAAGGGAAAUCCUAAAUGGUUGAAUCCAGGAAUGGAUCCUCAAAUCUUGGUGUCUUCAACACGAGAAACGUCCAGAAAGCCAGAUGAAAUUUAUGGUAUAAUUGAACGACUAGCAGGCUCUGGAGUUAAAAAACUCGAGAUAUUCGGUCGUCAACAUAAUACCAGGCCUGGAUGGUUAACUAUAGGAAAUCAAUUGGAAGAAACUCAUUUAGUAGAAAAAGAACUUCUAGUUAGAUAUAAUAGGUGGGCUGAAGAGCAUCCUGGCGACUCCUUAAAUUCGGUUCGCGUGAGUAGCCAAUAG